GAGGAGGGCUGAGAGAGAGUGCACAUUAUCUUUUUUGUAUUUUCUUUGAAAAGUAGGAACAGGUGCUUCUAAGAUUUAUGGUCUGAUUUUUAAUGUAAUACUCUUAUAGUUACUGCUGUUUCUUUUCAUAAACACAUUUGGAGAUGCUAUGAGAGAGGAAAAGAUGGAACUUGAAGAGACGGAGGUUGAUACAUCACCUUCCUGGUCUCCUGUAUCUAGAGACAGGCUCCUCACAUGCGCCAACCUGUCAGAUAUCACUGGGAAGAAAAGAAAACAAGACCCAAGUAGUGAUGCUGAGCAUUCAGCCCGAAUCUUGGAGGACUGUGAAGACGAUGACUUUCCCAUCAGUGACCACAUACAAGAUUCGGAGGGUCCAUGUAACAAAAGAGUCAAACCAGUAUAUAAAAGUGCUUCAGUCACUGGUAUCAUAACACCGAUGAAGACCCCAGCACUGAAACGCUUGGGCCAGUCCAUACAGCGUUCUAUCAGUUUCCGGACAGAGGCUCGGCCGUUGCCCCCAAUGCCAAUAAGAACACGUCAGAAGGCCUCUUCAUUUCCACGCCGGCGGAACAGUCAGCUGUGGAGUGAUACAGUUGACAGUCUGAGCCACGAGCUCAGUACCAAAGAGAUCAAGAGACAAGAGGUGAUCUAUGAGUUAACCCAGGGUGAGAAACAGCUCAUUGAGGAUCUAAGUCUAGUGAAAAAGGUGUAUUAUGAACCAAUGCUGAAAUUAGACAUCAUGACAGAAAGUGAGCUGGGACAGAUAUUUGGAACCCUUGAUUCUUUAAUACCCCUUCAUGAAGAUCUUUUAGCUCGUCUUGAAGGUCUUCGUGGAGCAGAGAAGACUGUGCAAGAAGUCGGCCCGACCAUGAUGGACUGGAUGGAACUAAUCCAAAGGAUUAUAACAGAAGUCAACCUUAAAACUGGAGAGGCUGAGUGUCAGUUUUACAGACGGGGGCUGUGCUACUCAGAAGACAGCCAGAGGGUUUCAGAAAUCCAGGCAUCUCGUUUUUUAUACUGCCAUGGUGAACUAAAGAGUACUAAAGGACAGAAGCUGCAUGUGUUCCUCUUUGAGCUGGUAUUGGUUUUGACCCGACCAGUGGCACAGGAUAGGGAAGGACCAGUCCAGUUCCAGGUGUAUCGUCAGCCCCUCCCAGCUGCUCACCUCCAUCUGGAGGACCUACCUGAUGGAGAGCCAAGCAGCUCUGGAUCCUUUCGUGGGGCUUUUACGGGCAAUGACAAAGUGAAGAACUGUUUUCGCGUGAGUGCCACAGGGCGCUCCAAGUCUCAAUCCCACAGCCUGCAGGCUAAUGACUCCUUCAAUAAGCAGCAAUGGAUUUCAUGUCUGCGCCAAGCAAUGGUCCAAUCACGGGACAGACAGGCUCAAAGCAGCCACUGCAAACCCUCCGAGCGUUUAAGCCCUGACCCUGCACUCUAUAACAACAUAGCUGAACUCAACCUUAACUCUGAUGUGGAGAUGCCAGACACAUAGACCAGGGCCACCGGUGCUUUCCAGUUCAUUCACAAACACAGAAUUUCACUGUUAUUGUAACUGUGUCAGCCGACUUUCUCAGAACAACUGAGAUCACACAGUUGCUGUCUUACACCCUGUCUAGAAACUGUGAGAAUAAUGUCAUGUAGCUAUAUUUGUAUACUUCACAUGUGGAUGUUUGUUGGUGUCAGAUGUCUCAUAAGGAGAAUAUUUAAUAUUAGAUUUAUGCCUCUUGCUUAACCUGUUUUUGUUGUUGUUUGUUUUUUUACAUUGAGAAUACUGUGUGAUAUUUGUUGAAUAUAUGUUUUAGGCUAUGUGCCAUUGGAACCAUCUCUCAGUUCCUCAUUCCUUUAAAUUGGCACCAUUUCUAUUUCAUAUAGUUAAUAAACAACAACAUUUGUGCAAUCUGAACGGUAACUAAUCUUAGAUGAGUCCAGGAUUUUUGUCAUUGCAUUUUGGUAGCAUCAGGGCUAACAGUUCUGCAAGUCUUUCACUGAUAUAACCUGAAUAUAGACUAAAUGCUAAUUUUCUCUUGAUAUAAAUCAACUGUAUUUAUGUUUUACCUUGAAAUGUCCGUUUCAAAAAUCAUUCUAAUGGUACAGUGAAUAAUAAGGCGAACGGCUUCUUUCCAACGCUCCCCUCGUAUGUCUGUUGUAGAAGUGUGUAGCGGUUACGAAAUUUUGGCUAAAAAGGCAGAUUGCUUUACUGCAGCAAUGCAUACACGUGUACAGCAAUCCACUGUUAUUACGACUCAUUUAACUAUAGGGGGCCCCAAAGUCGCAAAAAUACAUACAACUAUAUACAGUUGCUUUAUAGGUAUUCUGUGCCACUUCUAUGCCAAAGGUAUUCGUUCCCCUUUUUCAUUUCAGUGCAUAAUCGUUACCGUUUUGUUUUCAAUAAACUGACAA